UCGCUGUUGAGCGCCUUCAUUCUGCUCUGAGGGACUCAUCCGCGCGUCCUGCGGGAGAAACUCCGAAACUCACGCACUGCGCUGUCAGUGUCGCGUGUUCUUCUCUUCCCAGGUCUCGGAUAAGCGACGCUCAGCUGGUUGUGUUCGGGGACUUCCCCGCAGAAGCGAUCAAACAUGCCGGUCCGCACCGACUCCUGUCAGGGCUCGUCGUUGGCCUGCAUGGCCUCGGCCUCUCUCGUUCCGCCCCCGCCGAUCAAUACCCAUCAGCCCGGCGUCAACACCUCUCUGCUCUACAGCGGCUCCCAGUUCCGCGGCCACCAGAAAAGCAAAGGAAACUCCUAUGAUGUCGAGGUGGUUCUGCAGCAUGUGACCAUGGAGGACUCGUACCUGUGUGGAUAUCUCAAGAUCAAAGGUCUGACAGAGGAAUACCCCACUCUCACCACUUUCUUCGCCGGCGAGAUCAUAAGCAAGAAACGGCCUUUUUUAACCAGGAAAUGGGAUGCGGAUGAGGAUGUCGACCGAAAACACUGGGGGAAGUUUCAGGCAUUUUAUCAGUACGCAAAAAGCUUUAAUUCAGAUGAUUUCGACUAUGAAGAACUAAAGAACAGUGAUUACGUCUUCAUGCGGUGGAAGGAGCAGUUCCUAGUUCCAGAUCACACGAUCAAAGACAUCAGCGGCGCUUCCUUCGCUGGCUUCUACUACAUCUGUUUCCAGAAGUCUACCGCCACCAUAGAGGGCUACUACUACCACAGAAGCUCUGAAUGGUAUCAGUCUCUGAACCUCACACACGUCCCUGAACACAGCGCACCCAUCUAUGAGUUUCGGUGACACUGAAGUCCUCGCGUCACACAAGAGGGUGAAUCUACAGUGGACACGAGCGAGCGAGCGAGAGAGAGAGAGAGGGACUGUCUAAUGAACACGCCAGGACUCGGCUGUCCUCUCCCCUCAGCGAAAGAAUAAGACGGAGGUACCGGUGACUCUUUCAGGAGACCGCACGCAGGCCGAUCAAGCAAGGGAUUCGGGGAUUCGCAACAGUGUUAGCGUUUUGGGUUUUCUUUUGUUUUUGAGUUUUUAAUGCUUCUGUCCUCCGAUCAUCUUAGAAAACCAAUUUUAUCCGUAAGGUUUGGGGAUUAAGAACAGUUUUUCAGGAUGGAAGAGCCAAUUGUGAUUUUUUUUUUUUUUUUUUUUUUGUGUGUGUUUUUUUUUUUUUGCCUUGUUAUUUCAUAAAACAGCAUGGUCAAUCUAGAAAUUUUUGACAUUUGUUUUAAUUUAUUUUUAAUCAUUGUGUAUGAAAAGACUGUGAUCAGGACAGUGUAUACAGACGUAUGGAAGAUUCCCUGUGCGAUAUGAUUGCUAUUGUCUGCGGCUCGCUCGGCCCUCGGACGUUUCUUAUUAACGUAAGGUGUAUCAUCAAAAGUCACGUAUAUAGCAGCUGGGUCUUUCGCUUCUACGUGUGAUAUAUUUUUUAUUAUGAGAUGAAAUGGAGUUGGGUGUUAUGGAAAGACGCAUAUAUUAUCCCAUGGUGGUAAAGCUAUUUGUAGAGCUGCAAACAAAAAAAAAAUCUGUUGGUAGUGUUACACUCCUUGUUUUGCUAUGCAACCUGAAAAAUCUCAGCUUGUAAGAAUCUCAAGUAUAUGGAGGCUUGUUUUUGCCACAGAAUAACACAAAUAAAUGGGUAAUUGUUUAGGUAAUUCAUUUUUAAUCAUUUAAAAUAAUUCCGACUUAUUUCUCUCAGUUCUGUGUAUGUGUCUUGAAUUGAUUUAAACUUAGAAUUCUAGUUUUAAAAAUAAAAGUCAGAAUUGAGAUAUCUAAACUGAAGAAAUCAGAAAUCUAAAUUCAGAAUUCCAGUUCUGGAAAAAGUCUGUGAAUUCAGAAUCCCAGUUCUGGAAAAAAUCUGUGAAUUCACAAUUCCAGUUCUGGAAAAAAUCUGGGAAUUCAGAAAUCCAGUUCUGGAAAAAAAUCUGUAAAUUCAGAAUUCCAGUUCUGGAAAAAAAAUCUGUAAAUUCAGAAUCCCAGUUCUGGAAAAAAAAUCUGUAAACUCAGAAUUCUAGUUCUGAAAAAAAUCUGUAAACUCAGAAUUCCAGUCCUGAAAAAAAGUCUGUGAAUUCAGAAUUCCAGUUCUGAAAAAAAAUCUGUAAACUCAGAAUUCCAGUUCUGGAAAAAAUCUGUGAAUUCAGAAUUCCAAUUCUGGAAAGAAAUUUGUAAACUCAAAAUUCCAGUUCUGGAAAGAAAUUUGUAAACUCAGAAUUCCAGUUCUGUAAAGAAAUCUGUAAACUCAGAAUUCCAGUUCUGGAAAGAAAUCUGUAAACUUAGAAUUCCAGUUCUGGAAAGAAAUCUGUAAACUUAGAAUUCCAGUU